CUAAUUUCGCCUCUGGAUUUGGAAAGCACCUCCCUGCGCCAUGCCGUGGCCCUUGCUGCUGCUGAAGAGGGCGCAACGCGGCUUGCCUCUUCUGCCUCGGAGAAGACCUCUUGAUCCCCGCAGGAUCGUGGGUCAAGGAUGCCGACUCUGCCAUACCGGCCAGCCCUCCGCCACCGAGAGCCCCACGGAAGAAGAGAAAUAUUACCCCCUGUAUCCAGGACACAUCCCUACCAGCCCUCUGCAGAAAGGCCUGCUGGCAGCCGGCUCAGCGUUCAUGGCUCUCUACAACCCCUACCGACACGAUAUGGUGGCUGUCCUUGGGGAAACGACGGGAUACCUCGCUCUGCGGAAACUCCGGGAGAAGAUGAGAACUGACCCUGAGGGAUAUCGGAUCCUACAAGAGCGGCCUCGGAUCCGUCUCUCCACUCUGGACAUCGCCGGACUUCAGGCGCUUCCGGAUGGAACCUUUGGCCGGGAAUAUGUUCGUUUUUUGGAUGAUAAUAGGGUUUCCCCAGACACGAGGAUGCCUGCCAAGUUUGUAGAUGACGAAGAACUGGCCUACGUGGUCCAGCGGUACCGAGAAGUCCACGAUUUGAUGCACACCCUCCUUGGCAUGCCCACCAACAUGCUAGGGGAGGUUGUGGUAAAAUGGUUUGAGGCGGUCCAGACCGGUCUUCCCAUGUGCAUUCUGGGAGCAGUGUUUGGCCCUAUCCGUCUGAACGCCAGGAAUCUUCGUAUCCUGACCACGGAACUCAUUCCAUGGGCCGUUCGGAGCGGGAGCAGCGCCAACUGUAUCUUGAACAUCUAUUACGAGGAGCGCUGGGAUCAGACGGUGGAGAACCUUCGUAACGAAAUCGGCAUUUUGCCGCCCCCAGUGAUUGAAGUCUGAGUCCGUGCCAGGGAAAAGAACGGCAGCCUCACCAGGCCGGCCCAGCGGCCGCUGGAACCCUUGGAAGUCCAACACCACUUAUGCUGGAUCAGCUGGGGGCAUCCCUGGUCCUGCCAACUGAAAGAUGUAUGAAUCCGUCAGCAACGGCUGAUGUUUUUGCUUCCCCAAAAUCAGAGACACAAUCUCAAGGCAAGAUGAGCGUAAUUUAAAAAACAAAAUCCGCUCAGCAAUAAAGGCAGUACCAAUGACAGCCGUGAAAACUGGGGAAAAACCCAGCAGAAAUACAAAAACUAAGCACUCCCACAAAUUGCUGGUCGUACCUGGCUUUACUUUAGGCUAGCCUUGAUGGGCGUGAGUAAACUAACGUAUUUCUUCGAUUGUAAGACGCACACUAAUUUCAGUACCACCAACAGAAAAAAAAAGCUUUGAUUCUAAGAAUAAUAAUCGCACCCGCAAUUCUGAGACGCACCCCGUUUUUAGAGAU